AUGAUGAGUACCUUCAGAGUUGUCGAGCAUGUAAUUCCAGGCCAACACAUUCGUGAAUAUUAUCACAGCGUGAAAGGCCGUCAGGAGGCUCCAGUCCAGCUUGCCAUCAAGCAAUACAUCCCGCUCGCUCGGCCCGAACCUAUUCCAGACAAUGCAGUGACCAUAAUCGGAACUCACGGGAAUGGUUCUCCUAAAGAACUAUUCGAGCCCUUCUGGGAGCGUCUUUCCAUUCAAUUAAAAAAACAAGGGGUUCCAUUGCGUGCCAUAUGGAUUGCAGAUAUAUCCAAUCAAGGCGCGAGUGGGAUCUUGAAUGAAGAGAUCCGUGGUGAUCCAAAUCAUUGGAACGAUCAUUCACGGGACCUAUUACAUAUGGUCAACCACUUUCGCGAUGAGAUGUCUCGACCCUUAAUCGGUGUAGGUCACAGCAUGGGCUGUGCUCAACUCGUCCAUCUGUCCAUCUUGCAUCCACGCCUGCUAUCAAGCCUACUCCUAUAUGAGCCCGUCAUAGUAGGUGAUCAUACGCUUAAAGCGAGUCCUGCAGGAUUCAUCGCCAGGAGAAAAGAUCUCUGGAAGUCUCGUGAAGAAGCAGAGACUUACCUACGCAAGCGUCUAACAUGGCAUCCCGAGGUUGUCGACCGCUACAUCCAAUUCGGGCUACGAUCCACACCAACACGCCUCUAUAAUUCUGAAACAGCAGCGGGUCUAUCUACAUCAUCUGUAACACUAAGCACGACACGAUAUCAAGAAUCGAUGGGCUACGCAAUUCCCAAUCUAGAGCCCGAAUCAUCUGGGUUGGAUCAGUGGCUACUUCCGGGCUGGUCGGAUGAAGAGCGGGACAUUAUAAUUGGUCGUCCGGAGGCUUUCGUAGCAAUGGAGCUUCUGCCCUUUGUCCGACCUAGUGUUUUCUGGGUAUUUGGGACGAAGAGUUAUUUGUCAUGGCCUGAGUCGCAGGAUGAAAAGAUGGAAAAGACGGGGACUGGGGUUGGAGGAAGCGGAGGUGCAAAGCGAGGCAUGGUGGAGAAGGCAGUCCUGGAGGGGGCUUCACAUAAUGUGAUUCUUGAGGAUCUUGAUUGGAGCGCUGAUGUUGGUUCUAACUGGAUUGAGCGUUGGUUUAAGAAGUGGCUGGCGGAUGAACAGAUGUUGGCGGGAUAUCAGAGCAAGAUAUCAGAUCCUGUGACAGGCAAAGCAUCCGAGGCUAGUCUACAUGCUUGGUCGCAGAGUAUCCAACCCGGAAGGCCUAAGAUAUAG